ACAUAAAAUUGAGAAACAACUAACACUCUGUUUUAUUCAACCAACUCCUUCAAUCAUAUGCUUGUUAGCUCUUGCCCUAUCUUUUUUAUCUUUAAAAAAUGAAUUAAGGGUUUUUUCUUCUUCUAUUCUCAACCCUACUAGUUAUAUAUAAUUUCCAUGCUACAUUUCCUUGUCCAUUACAUCAUCAAUUCCUUCUAUCUUUUCAUCUUAGUGAAGAAAAAUCAAGAUCAUUUUACAUCAUGGGGUCUUUAGAAAGAUCAAAGAAAAAAGUUCAACUAUGGAAGAAAGCAAUUGUUCAUUUCCUUCUUUGUUUUGUUAUGGGAUUCUUCACUGGCUUUGCUCCUACAGGCAAAGGUACUUCAAUGAUCUCCAGUAGGAAUAGUGCAAUUCCCAAAACUCCCCAUGAGUCAAAUCAAACACAACCUUCAUUGAACAUGUUGCACCGUGCAAGAUUAGAAAGUGAGACUUUCAAUAAACCUUUGUCUGACAAAACGUCAGCAACAACAACAACAACAGUAACAUCACAAUGGUCUAAAUUAAACGACACGAGGCACUCAAAAAAGGUCUUAGCGGAAGAAGAAGGAGAAGAAGAGCGAGAAGAUCAAGAACAAGAGCCAGAAGGAGGUAACGACGAGUUCUUGAACCCCAGAAGGCUACUAAUAAUCGUCACUCCAACGAACGCUAAAGAUAAAAAAAGAGGAAUGCUACUAAAGAGGCUAUCAAACACAUUGAGAUUGAUUCCACAGCCAGUUUUGUGGGUAGUUGUGGAACAACAAAUUGAGGAUUCAGAAGUAUCAGAAAUACUUCGAAAAACAGGCAUUAUGUAUAGACACUUGGUUUUCAAGGAGAAUUUCACUAACAUUCAUGAAGAAGUGGAUCAUCAAAGAAAUGUGGCUCUAAAUCACAUUGAACAUCACAGGUUAAGUGGGAUUGUUCAUUUUGGUAGCCUCUCUAAUGUCUAUGAUCUCACCUUCUUUGAUGAGCUUCGAGCAAUUGAGGGAUUUGGGACAUGGCCAAUGGCAUUAUUAUCUGCAAACAAGAAGCAAGUGAUAAUAGAGGGACCAGUUUGUGAUUCAUCAGAAGUUAUGGGGUGGCAUUUGAAGAGAGCAAACAAUUUAACAGAUGAAAGGCCUCCAAUUAGAGUUUCAAGCUUUGCUUUCAAUAGUUCUAUUCUUUGGGAUCCAGAAAGAUGGGGUCGCACUUCUUCUGUUCAAGACACUUCUCAGGAUUCUCUAAAAUUUGUGAGAAAUGAGGUUCUUGAAGAUGAGACUAAAUUGAUGGGAAUUCCACCAAAUGAUUGCUCCAAAAUUUUGCUAUGGAAUCUUCCUCUUUCAACAUGAAUAUAUUUCAGAGUUAUUUGAUAAACAUAAGGACAAAAAAAAAAGAGAAAAAAAUAAUCAUCUUCUGAUGAAUGAUAAAACAAUUUGUUUUGCUAGGAAGAGGAACAGAACAAAGUACCCAAAGAGCAAAAUCUAUCAAUAUUUCAGAAUUUUUUAUUUUUUAUAAUUCUUAUAUUUAUUAUCCUAUUCCUUUUUAGUGUAUUUUUCUUGUCCAUUACUAAAUUUUUGUUCUAGAUGUAGAAAUACAUUUCAGUCCUGGCAUUUCAA